AAACAUCGCCGCCUCAUGUCUUCCCCGCAACAACUUUUAUCAUCGCAAUAUUGGAAGACUACCUUGCGUUCGGAUUGAACACACAUAUCGGAAUAACCCUGUCCUCCAAAACACGGCUCUUCUUCAAUUCCGAAGUUACCCCCCGUGCAGAUACUCCGGAAUGGAGAAGAUUUCUAGCCAGUUGUCAGCAGUGAACGACACCGCCUCUUCCCCAACCUCAAAGCAGGAACUUCAGCCUUACACCCAGCCUGACCACCCCGGUUCCAGCAACCUGAAGACCAACUCUGUGGGCGAGGCGGUCCUGUACGGGCUGCCCAUUGUGUCUUUGGUGAUUGACGGCCAGGAGAGACUGUGUCUGGCCCAGAUCUCCAACACGCUGCUGAAAAACUACAGCUACAACGAGAUCCACAACAGGAGGGUGGCCCUGGGGAUCACUUGUGUCCAGUGCACCCCAGUCCAGCUGGAGAUCUUGCGCCGAGCCGGAGCCAUGCCCAUCUCCUCCAGAAGAUGCGGCAUGAUCACCAAACGGGAGGCGGAACGGCUCUGCAAGUCUUUUCUAGGCGAGCACUCACCCCCCAAACUCCCCGAGAACUUUGCAUUCGAUGUAUCCCACGCGUGCGCCUGGGGUUCUCGUGGUAACUUCAUCCCAGCGAGGUAUAACAGCUCUCGCGCCAAGUGCAUUAAAUGCAGUUAUUGCAAUAUGUACUUUUCUCCAAAUAAAUUCAUCUUCCAUUCUCACAGAAUCCCGGAUGCUAAAUAUACCCAGCCAGACGCCGCUAACUUCAACUCCUGGCGGAGACACCUCAAACUAUCCGACAAAAUACCGAGUGAUUACUUGGCACAUGCAUGGGAGGAUGUCAAGGCCAUGUUUAAUGGAGGCAGUCGCAAACGGACCCUCCCCAACCACGGAUCCGGAGGCUCCUCGGCUCUGAAGGCGCACGGACCCAACUCCAUGCCGCCCAGAAGCUCGGACAUCCCUCACAAAGCCAUGAGAUGCGAGGACGAAGGGCGAGGUCUCAGCCUGGGGAACAACGUGAGGAGUUACCCCGUCAUCCCGGUGCCCAGCAAGGGGUUCGGGAUAUUGCAGAAGAUCCCUCCUCCCAUGUUCCCGCAUCCCUACGGAUUCCCGACCUUUGGGCUGUGUCAGAAGAAAGACGAAGCCAACGUGGUCGGAGACAAGACGCAGGCCGGCCUCCCUGGCAUGUUCUGGUCGGGCAACAAGGACGCUGUCUACCCUUCCUUUCCCAUGUUUUGGCCGGCGGCCGGCACUCUCCCAGUGCCCCCCUAUCCACAAGCUCAAGCCAAAGUCGCCGACAACCCGAACGGUCGGCAGAAUGAAAUGGACGCGUCGGAGCAAAGUGACCGAAGCAGCAACACCCCCAAGGACAGCCUGGCGGACAGCGAGCGGUGUUCGAGUACCCACUCCAGGAAUGAGGAGGAGAGGUCGGGAGACGAGGCCAGGACCAUAGAAGCGGUGUCUCUGACUCCACGUAAACUCAGCUACAUCUCAGCCUUCCGGCCGGUGGUGAAGGACGCGGAGAGCAUCGCCAAGCUCUACGGCAACAGGGAAGUGUACAACGGCGCCAGGCACGGCUACAUGUCGCCGGAUUUUAUGAGCGAGACCUCGAGCUACAGGUCGGCCUCCCCCGACAUGGAGAGCGACGGAGAGGAGCCGGAGGUGGACGUGGAGUCGAACCGAUGUCCGGAGGAUGAAGCCUCGCCAACUAUCCCACUCCAAGAAACCCCCAGCAACCCAGAACCCGCUCACGAAAUGUCCCACCCAGAGCCCCUGGCUACACCUUACACUGAGCAAGGAUCUGAAGAAUCGAGACACGACGAACAGAGUAUAGAAGAGGAAGACCACGAGGUAUUUUCGCACGACCAGGAUGUGCACAGUGUGAAGACUCCUGCCACGGUGGCUCUCGCGCCCGUUUACAUCUGCAGUGCAGACGCCGCCGAGCAAGUCAAGGAAGACAAUCAGUGCUCGGCGGAGGACUCGGAGUCGAGGAAAUCGUUUCAGGACCAGGGGAGCGUCUCGCAGGAAACCUCUGGCAGUAUUGAGCGGGGUGAAGAUGGCAUUACACUGGAGAGCCCGCCAACACAACUGGUGGAAAAAGACAUCGAAAAUAUGGGCAAAGAGGAACUUCAAAAACUACUCUUGGAACAAAUGGAUCUUAGGAAGAAAUUAGAGCGCGAAUUUCAGAGUCUGAAAGACAGUUUUCAGGAUCAAAUGAAGAGGGAAUUGGCCUACCGAGAAGAGAUGGUUCAACAACUCCAGAUCGUUCGAGACACCCUCUGUAAUGAGCUGGACCAAGAAAGAAAGGCGCGGUACGCCAUUCAACAGAAACUGAAAGAAGCGCACGACGCUCUUCACCAUUUCUCUUGUAAAAUGCUGACCCCAAGACAUUGCACAGGAAACUGCUCCUUCAAAUCGCCCCUGCUUCCGCAGUGACCAAGCAGCCUUUCACACCACGACACAAGCGGUGUUAUAAAAAUAAUAUCCUUAGUACUGUAUAUAAUAAAGAAGUUUUUAAUAUAAAGGUGCAAACAGAGAAGCUUAAGGGGUGCACAGCGCCGGCACCCGGGAGAGGUGAGGGGGAUAUCUGUACUUGUCGAUGGCCGAUGUGAAUAUCUAUCCAAGGUGUCCGGGCACGAAAUUUUCUAUAUCAAGAAUGAAUCGAUGACCUCAGAGUCAUAUCACACACCCUACCUGUUUGGCUUUCAAUGUCCACUUAUUUAAAAAAAAAAAUAUUGCUCAUAAAACAAAUAAGUGGUUACGUGCAAUUUAUCUUUAUGUAAUGUGAUUUCAUUCGUAAAGUAUUUAAUGGUUGUAAUUUAUUGAUUUAUUUAUUAUUUAUUUGCGUUUCUCAACCCGAGAUCGAGGAGUAAACAAAACUAUCUUUGUAUAUUAUCGAUGUUAUUACAACAGCACUUUAAGAGGUAAUUCAGUGUACAAAGAUUCCGUUUGGAAAAUGUUAAGUGAUUUUGUUCUUAAAAUAAAGCCGGCCUUAAACCGUU